AUGCCCGAGGACUCCAACAAGGCUUCCAACACAGCGAGAGUUGUGUUCUAUACAUCGAUCCUCACAGGAGGCAUUCUCAGCUCCUUUUAUGUGUACAGCCGCUAUUUCCGACGGUUCACCUGUACUGCGGAAGUCCCAAAAAAGAUUUACAGAGGACGGACUCUUUUCGGCAGAGUGACGUCUGUGGGGGAUGGAGACAACUUUCAUUUUUAUCAUACUCCUGGUGGAAGAUUGGCUGGCUGGGGCUGGUUGAGGCCCUACCCUGAGACUAACAAAAGAGGCCUUGGGAAGGAGACGUUACACAUCCGUCUGUAUGGAGUGGAUGCCCCUGAGAGACCUCAUUUUGGCAGACAAGGGCAGCCUUAUGGAGAUGAGGCAUUAGAGUGGCUGCGAAGCUAUAUCCUUGGACGAAAUGUGCGUGUCAAGUUAUUCUCACCGGAUCAAUACGGACGUAUUGUUGGAGGUGCCAAGGUGUGGAAACUUACUGGACGAAAGGACGUUUCCACGGAGAUGCUGAAAAAUGGCUGGGGUGUCAAAUACGAGGGCAAGAUGGGAGCCGAGUUCAACGGCAAAGGUAAGCUGUUUCAGAAGCUCGAGGAUCAUGCUCGAAAGAAGAAAAUAGGCAUGUUUCAACAAAAGGGAAAGAUCGUCACUCCUGGACAGUACAAGAAGGAUGAGUAG